GAUAAUGUGAACCAUAGAAAUAAUUAUUAUAAUGAUAAAAAGAAUAAUCCAGGUGAUAUAAAAACUAAUAAUAGUAUGCGUGAGGAAAAAAAAAUAGAGCAAGUAGACAGGAAGAGUGAAAACAAGAACGAUUUAACUACAUAUAAUAAAAAAAGAAUAGAAGAAUAUUAUGACAGUAUAAUUUCUUAUUUUUUCGGAUUAAUAAUAUUAUAUCAUAAUAAAAAACAAACGAAUUUAAAUUAUUACACAAAAUUUUUAACAUUAGAUAAAUAUAAGAAUAUGUAUAAUAGUUUAAAUAAUGAUAUAUCUAAAAUAUAUGAAAAAUCAUUAUUAUUUUCAUAUGAAGAGUUUUGUAUAAUACAGAAAAAAGAUAUAAAACCUCAUGAUUUGAGAGGUAAUAUAAAAUAUUAUUAUUUCUUUAAUCGUAUUGUUAGCACAUCUUUAUAUUUGUUACAUGAAAUAUUACAAAAAUUAGAUGGAAAGAUCUAUACCUUUCAGAAAUUACCGUUAAAGAUACAGAACCAUUUAAUUAAUCUUCCAGAUAUAAGAAUUAAGGAAAUUAAAAAACGUAUGAGACACAAGAAGAAAAAAAAUCAAAAUUCUCUUUUAGAAAGUAGUAAUUAUAAAGAUUUAUAUUAUAUAUCUAGUGAAUAUUAUGAUUAUGUUAGUAAGUGUUUAAUAUGGUCUAAUUAUUAUUUUUUUAAUUAUAUGUCUAAAACUAUAGUAUAUAGUGUUAAAAAAAGAAGCUAUGAAUAUAUAGAAAAAGAAAAAUCCAAAAUAAAUUUAUUCUUAGAAUAUGCACAUAAUGAUAUUAUAGAAUAUAUAAAAGACAUAACAUAUUAUUUUAAAUUAAUUGUUAAUAAAAUAGAAUCAAAAAGUUUAUUCUCUGAACCUGUAAUGUUAUGCUUUCAACUGUUUUUUGAUCAUUAUUUAUAUUUACUCAAAAAUAUAUUAUCUAUACUUUUAAUACAUAUAGAAAAACCAGUUACAAGAAAAUCAAGCAGGGAUCUAAAAAACAUAUUUAACUGUAUAAAAGAUCAAGAAAAUAUAACCAAAAAUAUUUUAGAUGAAUUCCAUUCCAAAAAUAAAAUUAGAUAUAAUCCAACCGAAUUCCUUAUAUAUAAAUUUUUUUCAAGUAUACAAUAUAAACAAAAUAUAGCACAUAAAUAUAUAAUACAAAGUAAUAAUAAUAUUAUAUCCUUGAUGUUAAAAAUUUUUAAUUAUUUUCAUAUACUUGUUAUCGCAUUAAUCUUUUAUCUAAACCUUCAUUCUAUGUAUACUCUAUUUAUUGAUUUAGAUAUUGAUGAUACUUUAAAGUUUCAGCAUGAUCAGGAGUUCUUAAAUUAUUUUAAAAGAUAUCAGGAUUUUAAUAAUCAACUCUUUGAUUCCUUCCGUUCCGACGACAGAUGA